AUGCAUGAUCCACGCUGCAGUAAGCACAGAAUGCUGCAGGAGAAGGAGAGAAGAAUGUCACAGAAAGAACAGGAAAAGGAACGAGAUGACCAGGUCGAUAUGAUGUACGUACACGGCGUAGCCUGCGUCGAAUUGAUCCCAUACCUCGGCGUGCAUCCUGGGCAGAGAUACGAGAACGUGACCUCCGAAUCUCAGGAACUGUCCCUGGGAACGUGCACCAUUAAUUGCGUGAUGCAGGAGCCCAUUCCCUGCUACGCCUUCAACUAUCGGGAGACCGAUCGCUCCUGCCAAUUGAUUCUCAACAGGACGAGUGAGCUUGUGGACGCGAAUGGAUACUGGACGAGUGAGCUUGUGGACGCGAAUGGAUACUGGUCCUACGCCCAGUGGUUGUGUUUGAGAGAGUAUCCGACGAUCGAAAAUGCAAUAGUGUCCUUCGAGGGAUGGAAUGGAACGUACCCUGCCCCAGCACGGGGGAUAGUCAAGUUCCGCUGCGAACAUCCAAAAGGAUUCUCAGAUGGAGCUCUUCUUCACACGGCUGAAUGCGCCCCUUUGAAUCCGGAUUCUUGGUGCAUCUCUUUCCGGGAAGGUGCAGUACAAUGCGAGAAAGUGCAUAUAUAUCCAGAAUGUCGUCUGACGGAAAGCGGCGAAGAAUAUGUUGGAAAAGUGAGUGUGACGGAAUCAGGAAUGAAAUGUCUCAAAUGGAGAGACUAUCCCGAUGGAACGGGGGAUGACUACCAGGGCGGCCCACAUCUUAACUUCACGACCUCUGACCCCUCUGGAACACCAAUCAUCAACCUCCGUGAAGAGCGCUACUUCCUUAAUCGGGACUCCUGGUCUCACCACAACUACUGCCGGAAUCCAUACUGGGGGAAAAGACCCUGGUGCUACGUUUCUAACCGUAACAUCACAUGGGAAUACUGUAACAUCCCCAUGUGCACUAACACAGGCGAGAAAGUGCAUAUAUAUCCAGAAUGUCGUCUGACGGAAAGCGGCGAAGAAUAUGUUGGAAAAGUGAGUGUGACGGAAUCAGGAAUGAAAUGUCUCAAAUGGAGAGACUAUCCCGAUGGAACGGGGGAUGACUACCAGGGCGGCCCACAUCUUAACUUCACGACCUCUGACCCCUCUGGAACACCAAUCAUCAACCUCCGUGAAGAGCGCUACUUCCUUAAUCGGGACUCCUGGUCUCACCACAACUACUGCCGGAAUCCAUACUGGGGGAAAAGACCCUGGUGCUACGUUUUUCUGACCCCUCUGGAGCACCAAUCAUCAACGUCCGUGAAGAGCGCUACUUCCUUAAUCGGGACUCCUGGUGAGAAAGUGCAUAUAUAUCCAGAAUGUCGGCUGACGGAAAGAGGCAAGGAAUAUGUUGGAAAAGUGAGUGUGACGGAAUCAGGCCUGAAAUGUCUCAAAUGGAGAGACUAUCCCGAUGGAACGUGGGAUGACUACCCGGGCGGCCCACAUCUUAACUUCACGACCUCUGACCCCUCUGGAACACCAAUCAUCAACCUCCGUGAAGAGCGCUACUUCCUUAAUCGGGACUCCUGGUCUCACCACAACUACUGCCGGAAUCCAUACUGGGGGAAAAGACCCUGGUGCUACGUUUUCAACCGUAACAUCACAUGGGAAUACUGUAACAUCCCCAUGUGCACUAACAGAGGCGAGAAAGUGCAUAUAUAUCCAGAAUGUCGUCUGACGGAAAGCGGCGAAGAAUAUGUUGGAAAAGUGAGUGUGACGGAAUCAGGAAUGAAAUGUCUCAAAUGGAGAGACUAUCCCGAUGGAACGGGGGAUGACUACCAGGGCGGCCCACAUCUUAACUUCACGACCUCUGACCCCUCUGGAACACCAAUCAUCAACCUCCGUGAAGAGCGCUACUUCCUUAAUCGGGACUCCUGGUCUCACCACAACUACUGCCGGAAUCCAUACUGGGGGAAAAGACCCUGGUGCUACGUUUCUAACCGUAACAUCACAUGGGAAUACUGUAACAUCCCCAUGUGCACUAACACA